UUCUCAUUGAACCCUUGUUCUUUCUUUUGCCGUUGAAGCCUUUUCUUCAUUUCUCUGUACCAAACGGCUGUUCUGAGCACAAAUUCGGCGUGCCUAUCCUGAGCAAAUCCAACAAAAAAAAUUGGGAUUUUUACAUGAUUUGGGAGAUUGGUUUUGUCAGUUCCUUCUUCGAGCCAGCAGUUCAACUGCUACUCCUGCAGACACUUGAUUUCAUGUUGCAGAGAUUACGGGUCAUUCGCAUGAUGUUUGUACUUCAAAGGAGGAAAAUUAGGAGCAGGUGAACUGCUCUUGCUUACCCUUGCCGUGUUUUCCUCUUUCUCUAAUAUCAAAUUAACCCAUUUCUAUAUUGAUUUCAUGUUGCAAGAAUUGCUCACGUGAUAAUUGUACUUUCAAGGCGGGAAAUUGGGAACUUUUUGUUAGGUUAGGCUUCCUAUUUAUCAGUGCAUGGUGCUGGCUCCUCUGUCCUAUGAACUGCAAGAAGAAGCAUCCUGAUCUUUACAUCUUCUACUUUGGAGUCUCUUCGGUUCCUUCUGCUGCGAUUCAUAUUAUCAGUCAAGGAAUCCUUUAACUUGAAGAUAACUUAAAAGGCUAUCAAUGUUGAUGUAGGAUGGGUUAUGAGAUGCCCAUCUUGCAAAGAAGAGAGCAGAGUUGUAGCAAGGACCCGAGUUGGGAUUGCUGUUGAUGAUGGUACGGGCUCCAUAAACACUGUUAUCUUUGGCCUUGAUGCUGAAAAGCUUAUCCCAUUUACAGCACUUCAAUUCUGGGAAGCUCAUACUGAGGAGCUUAACUUUUCUGCUGAAUUAGCAUCUGCAAUCAGAAAGCAUUCGAUUGUGUGUUUCAUUCGGUACUAUGAGUCAAAUUAUCAAGGCCAAAAGAAAGGCAAGUAUAAUAUUGUCAAGGCAUACACUAUUGAGGAAUCAGUUCACAUUCCAAUGGCCAUCACAACUGGAGAAACAAAUGAAAAAAUUCCAGAUCUUCAUGCUACUGUCCUGCAGCCUGCCAAGGAAAAUGAAUUUUUCAGUCCAUCAACCAAAAAAUUGCUUGAUACCAUCGCUGAAUCAUCUGCUACUGCAAACGAAGUGCCGCCUACAGUGACCACAGCAAAAAGGGCCUUGGUUUUUGGAACUGUGCCUCCUGGAAUUGGUUUGAAUUCUGCUGAAGCUAAUGCACCUACCUCGCUGUCCACCAAUGCACCUGGAAGUCCUUUGAAGAAGCAGCGUGAUGAUGAGCUCUGAACUUCCUUGAAGCCUUUUGAAUUGCUGAUUUUGCUAAUGUUAAAGCACUUUACAGCUGCAUUUCUAAUCUUGCAUCUUUUGACAUAAUAUUGACAUCCAUUAAGAAAUUGUUCUUUUGUGUACCUUAAUGGAUCUCAAUAUGUGAUCUUUUGUAAUUGCAGCCUAUGAUUGGACUUUAUAGUAAGCAUUUAGCAAGUCAUCUCCUGUCUCUGUAAGAC